AUGAGUAGCAUAGGUUGUUGUCACAGAGGAAGUAGAGGAGUCUCAGGGGUUGGGAGAGAGAGAGGUAGAGUGAAGCAAGCAGAGCUAGAGGCUUUUAAACAAGAGUUAGCUCGCAAGAGAGCACUGCGUAAUGAGGCUCUUGCAGCCCUACAGGCAGAGAUGAGAGAUCUGCGGAGUCAAGUGGAGGAGGAGCGAAGACUGCGACUGGAGGUGGAGAUGGAGCGAGACACUCUGAGAUCCUCCGCCUCUAUAGAUCUAAGUCAGGAGCUUCAGAGGGUAACAGAGCAGAAGAAACAGCUUGAAGAAGAGAGAGAGCGCCUAAUGGAAGAAGUCGAGGAGAAAGCUGGUCUCGAGAGACAAGUACAAGCUCUUAAGGAUGUCUCACAGAUAGGAAAGGAGAUGUUGCGGAUUAGAGAACUUCAGGUUAAAGAGCUGAAGAAGAAACUUGUUGAGAUCAACUUGUCUACAGUGUUGGCGCCACCAGAAGACUUGCGCGUUGAAUACGAGAAACAAAUAGAUAACAUUCGCAAACUACGAACUCUUUACGAGGAAAGGGCAGCAGCAACGAUGCUUGAGCAUCAACGGGCACUGGAACGAGAAGAGGCAAAGAGGGAGGUAAUAGAAACAAAACUAGCUGACCUUCAGAAAGAAACAGAAGAUUGGCAAGAAAUGAAGAAAGAAUUGGAAUUGAAGAUUGAGAAGUUAGAGGGCGUCAUCCAGAAAAAUGAGGAUGACCUUGACAAAUUAAAAGAUGAUUUAUUUUCGAGUACUGUUCAAAAUAAAAGUUUGAGCUCACAAAUUACUUUAAUUAACAAUUUAUUUUCUCAAAUGCUGGUAAGUCCCAAAGUAGACUUAGACCGGUUGACACGACUUCUGAAAGACAACCAUGGUCUCAUAACUGAUUUAACCGAAAAAGGGGAUUCCAAUGAAGUUGCUGCUUUGUUGGUAGAUCUAGCAGGGCAAGUAGAAAAAGAACAAGAAGAAGAGAAAAAACAGGAACAAAACUCCGAAGAUUUAGAUAAGAAUGUUGAAUCACAGACUGAAAUAGCGUCAAAUCUAUCUAAGGUUUGGAGAGUGAUGGUAGAACUUUUGAGUCAUCACCAAAGUUCAAGUCAUGUGGAACUUGCUGGAGGGGCAGAAAGUUGCUAUAAAUGUAUCCAAACACCAACUGGUCCAAGAUCUGUUAUCAGUGUUAGUCAAACAUUUUUAACCUUGAAAGAUUUAAUCUUAGAGAAAAAUCGCUUGGUAAAAGAAGUUGGUAGAUUGAAAACAUUGAAUAAUCAUUUAGAGUAUCGUUUAGGAAGUCAAGAAAAGAGGCUUUCAGUGGUAACAACUGAAUUAAGAAAAACGUGGGGAGUUUUUAACAAGCUUAGAGCUCAACACAAACAACUACAUACUCAUGAAAAGAUUCUUCGAUAUGAACUUCAACAAAAAAGGUGUAUGCUAACAGAACUGAAGGAAGAAUUGGAACAUUGCAGGGACAAAUGGGAGCGAGCUCGGCAAAAGAACACUCAAACUGAAGAAGAUUGGAAAAAACUCAGAAAGGAAUUUGCUUCAAGGAAGUCUCGAACGGAAAGUAACUCAGCGGAAAGUGGUUAUGAAGAGGAAGAUGUUGCUGUCUCUCCACCUUCAGAAACAAUAAAUCAUGGCAAUAGUUUGUUUGAAAUAAGACCUAAUAAUGGAAGUGAGGCUGAACUGUCUGAAGAAGACAUUGAGCAUUCUGAUGGAAAUAGUUAUGAUACAGUCAUUGAUUUAUUAGAUAUUGCUUGCCUUGAAAACCAAAGUGAAGGUGAAUCGACAAUUCCAUUUGUUCUCUGUGAAGUUCCUACCGUGGCAUCAGAAAUAUCUCCCAGCCUGCUACCACUGUCUGGUAGUGAAUUUACAGAGGGGCUUGAUCAGAUCGAGUCUGAAGAUCUUGCUGCUGUUUUGGAUAUUCAGUAUCAAACCCAGCUGUUGGGUGCUGAUUAUAACCUAUCCCUCCCUUCGUCAAGUGGAUCUUCCCCAAUUCCUACAGAAAAUGACGACUUUGCAUCAUCUGAAAUGGAUAUAUCGGAGGAGGAUUCCUUAUCAAAUGAUAAUCAUAUCUAUUCAUCACCCUUACCUACUGUAAAUCAACCAGUACAAGAAGAAACUUUAUUGUUUGGUUCUAAUUCAUCAAAAAACAUUUCUAAGUUCCUUGAUGGAUUGUUUGUGGAUCAACCUACCAGAAAUAGACCUUCUCCUCCACAGCAAAAUUUGUUUCUUGAUAUCCCUAGCACUUCUCAAUCUACCCCAGAUAAUGAUCCUACAACACCAAUAGUAAACAAUGGAAGCUAUCAGAUUUUAUCUGGGAGUGCUACUCCACUAAUAAGUGGUGAAGAAUGCUAUGAAUUUCCAGUUAAAAAUGAAGAAAGCUUAAAUGAAAACAAGAGUGACCAAACUAAAUUAACUGGAAUGGAGCAUGUUCAACAGUGGGUUAUUGAUUCUCAACCACCAACUACAGUUACAUUUUCAGAGACAGAGAGAGUUUCUCAGGAAACUAAAAUUAUUGAUCAAAUUCCCUUGAUUUCUUCUAAUUCAGGGACAAACACGCAAGAAGAGAUUUUGAAAGCCAGAGAGGAUAGACUAAAGAAGUUGGAAAAACAAUGCAGAUCCCUUGUAUCUAAAGUUUCUUCAACAUCCUUCAGAAGUGAAAUCAUCUCAAAUAAACUUGAUGAGCUACAUCUUUGCUAUGGUUCUACUGAAGAAGGGCCUGUCAAUAUAGAGUCAAAAGAAAAACACAAUGAAAACCAAGUUUGUAAUCUUCCUGAAGCUCAAGAACAAGAGACUACAGACCUUAGUGAGCAAGUUACAACUUCUUCAAAGUCAGUUAUACCUUUAAAAGAUUCUAAAGAUGCAGAAGCAAUAGCUUGUUCAUCAAACAGUGAAAAUUUGUCUCAAGUUCCAAGUCCCAUCCUAGGUAGAUCACCUGAACAAAUUUUAGAAGCAAGAGCUGCACGAUUAAAAAGGUUGGAGGAUCAAUGCAAAUCUUUGUUUUCAAAAAUGGCAGCAACAUCUUCAAGGAGUGAUGUGAUUUCUAACAAACUAGAUGAGCUACAUGAAUCUUAUGGGUCCUCUGAGCAAUCAACAAUUAAUGAGAAACCAAUGGUUACAAAUACUUAUGCACUUACUUCUGGACUAGUAAUCAACCAAAACAACAAGGAUAAAGAAAUAAUUGGUCACUCAGAUCAAAAAAAGUCCUUGUCAGUCCAUAGAGAAGAAAUCAAAGAUUCAAAACCACCUGAUUUGGCAUCCGAGUCUAAGGAAAUUUUGAACAAAUGUUCUAUUCCUGGACCUUCAACUGAACCAAUUCCAGUAGUAACUGGAAGUCCUAAAACAAAUCGUACACCAGAAGAAAUUUUAGCAGCUAGAGCAGAAAGAUUUAAAAGAUUAGAAGAACAAUGCAAAUCAUUAGUAUCCAAGAUGACAGCCACAUCAUUAAGGAGUGAAAUAAUAUCAAACAAACUAGAUGAGCUUCACAGUUGCUACGGAUCGUCAGAAGAUACUUCAGACAAUGAUGAACAUUCCUCAUCAUCUUUGGAAAAUGAUAGGAGAAGAUCCACUCCAACAAGCUCUCCAAGAAAUUAUAGGAGAAUGAUUCACUCUACAGAAAAAGACAAGACUUCUAAAGAAACGAAUGCUCAAGAUUUGGAUACUCUCCAAGCAGAAAAUAUGAAUGAAAGGAUAAAACUGCAACAACAAGAAACAAAUACAGAACCAGAUAGAUUAAAAAGAACUCCUGAAGAAAUCCUGCAAGCAAGAGGUCAACUACUAAACCGCCUGGAAGAGCAAUGUAAAUCCUUGUUUAGUAAAAUGUCCGCCACUUCUCAAAGAAGUGAUUUGAUAUCCAACAGGCUGGAGGAGCUUCAUGGGCAGUAUGGUCAAUCAACUUCUUCAGAUAAUCAGCCACAAUCUUCAGAACAAACUAAAUUACCAACUAGUUUUACUAACAGCGCAGAUGUAACAGAAGUUUCCAGAGAAUGUCAGGAAGAAUUAAGGCACUCUCAAAAUACAAAUGAUGUUCAGACACAAAAUGAAUCCAACUCAUCAGAUAUCACAGAUCAACUUACUGAUAUGGAAAAGAGUAAGUGAAAAAUACAGAGGCAUGAAGAAAAGUUUAAAGAUGUUUGUUCCAGUAUUGCUUUCUAUUUUUCUAUGAGAUCAGCUAAGGGAUGUUACCAGGGUUGUCUUUCAUUCUUUGCCGCUCUAUAGUUUUCAUUUUUUACGUCUUUAAAAAUCCAUAAUUUGUGUUCUUUUUAGUAGUUUUUGUAAUCAGUAUUGUGAUAUAGAAUUCACAAGUAUUUAGAUAUUUUUAGAUAUGUAUGGGAUGUAUAUUAAAAUUUAGAAUUUGAAAGAUGUCAAGAUGAUUGUGAACUUAUAACCAUAUUGUUUGUUUUAUUUCUUAGCAAUUCUCUUAGUUUUUGGGGUUUUAAGUUUUUCAAGAAUAAAACAUAUCAAUAAAUUGUCCUUAUUUUGUUUACUCUAGCUUUAUUUGUUUAUGAUUUGUUCCUAGAUUAUCAUGACAACUUAUUCACAUUGUUAGUUGAACAAUGUGUUGUAAGUGUUGAUGACUGAUGUUUCUAGUCAAUAAAAACUCAUAUUUUAUACAUGUGA